GUUCCUGUGGAACAACUACACGGUGGAGGUGCGCCUCAACGACUACCUGGACAUUAUCUGCCCGCACUACGAAGACGAGAGCGUGGACCCCCAUGCCAUGGAGUGCUACACCCUCUACUUGGUGGAGUCCGAGGAGUACCAGGCCUGCAAGCCCCACUCCAAGAAGCAGAUCCGCUGGGAGUGCAACAAGCCCAACGCCCUGCACGGCCCAGAGAAGUUCUCGGAGAAGUUCCAGCGCUUUACCCCCUUCACGCUAGGCAAGGAGUUCAAGGAGGGGCACAGCUAUUUUACUGCGUCUGUGACCAAGCCCAUUCACCACCGCGGGGAAGCGUGCCUGAAGCUGAAGGUGACGGUGGCUGGGAAAAGCACUCAGGCGCUGCCUGUCCCUGCCUCUACCCAGAAAGGGAGGAUCCAGGCAG